AUGUUAGCAUAUCAUGAUGCAUCCAUGGGUUUAGGUACUAUUCAUAGAGAUGACAUAUUAUCAUAUCAUGAUAAUCAUGGUUAUGAGAAUUAUCAACAUCAACUUAAUGAAUUAGAACCAUCAAAAACACAACAAUGUUUAAAAAAAACAACAAAAUUUUUAUUUUCACAUAUUGGUCUAGUUGGUCUUGUUGUUGUCUAUGCUGUAGCUGGUGGAUUUUUAUUUCAAUUACUUGAAGAACGUCAAGAAAAAUUCAAUUGUCAAGAAGCACAAAGUAAACAAGUAACUGAAAUAAAUAAGCUAAAACAAAAACUUGUUAAUUAUAUACAAAAAAAUACAACAUCAUCAAUAACUUUUUCUACAGUUGCAAAAGAUAAUGCAACAAUUGCAUAUGCGAAAAUUGGCUCUAUGCUAUAUGAAUAUCGACAAUUUAUUAUUGAUGUAAGUCCAAAAUAUCAAUAUUAUAUUGCUGAUUGUGGACGUGUUCGUCAAUGGACAUAUGCUAAUUCAUUACUUUUUGCUAUUACAAUUAUAACAACAAUUGGUUAUGGAAAUAUAACACCAACAACAUGGGAAGGUCAAUUAGGAUGUAUAUGCUACGCCACAAUAGGUAUACCAAUAUUUCUUUUAUGCUUAGCAAAUAUAAGUGGUGUACUUGGUGAAAUGUUUCGUUUUCUUUAUGCUAAAGUCUUAUGCAUGCCAUGCUUAUUUGUAAGAAAUCGUCGUAGAUUAGCAAGUAAGGUUGACCUUGAAGAAGAAAAUGGAAUAAGUACGAAUCAUGCACCUACAAAUGAUGAAACAUUAGAUGAUGAUAUUAGGAGAAAUUCAUUAAAAAUUUCAUCAAAUAGAAUAGUAAUUGAUGAUGAAUUAGAUGGAGAAGAAAAACGAAAGUAUCAACGUGUUGCUGUACCAUUAACAGUUACAAUGCUUAUUAUUGCAGCAUAUAUAUGGAUUGGUUCUGCUUUAUUUCAUAAUUUUGAAGGUUGGUCGAUGACUCAAGCAGGAUAUUUUUGUUUUAUUACAUUGGCAACGAUUGGAUUUGGUGAUUUUGUUCCCGGUCAACGAAAAGAUGAUGCAAAUGCAAGUGCAAAACUGAUUCUUGGAGCUAUAUAUGCUCUAUUUGGAAUGGCUAUUUUAGCAAUGUGUUUUGAUUUAAUGCAAGAAGAAAUAGUAGCAAAAUUUCGUUGGAUUGGUACAAAACUUUGUAUUAUUGAAAAAGAUGAUGAAGAUAAUAAUCAAAAUGAUAAAGUAUCCAGUACUGACAAUAAAAAUCGUUUAUCGACAUCAUCAAUCAAUGGUUCUAAUACAAUGAUAAAUACAGAUCGUACAAUAAUUGAUAAUGAAAAUGAAAAUGGUUUAUCCAGACAACGUAAUUCAAGUGCAACACGUAAAAUUAGUCCACGGAAUAAUUCAGCUCGUAUUCAUCCAAUUGAACCUAGCGGAGUAAAUGAAGCAACUCUUUAUCAACGAGUCGCUGCUACAAAAUUCAAUUAA